AUGGCGAGGUUCGGCGCCGGUAGGAUGCGGGCGUGCGGGCCGUGGGGCGAGGGCGGCAGCGGCGCCGUCGGGGACGCGCUGGAGAGGGAGAUGUCGCGCGAUGGCAGCCACUACAGCCUCUCCAGCGGCAUCCUGCCAUCGCUCGGCGCGCGGAGCAACCGCCGUGUCAAGCUCCGCCGCUUCAUCAUCUCCCCCUACGACCGCCGUUACAGAUUAUGGGAGACUUUCCUCAUAGUUCUUGUAGUCUACUCUGCGUGGGUCUCCCCAUUCGAAUUUGGCUUCAUUCGGGUUCCUAAAGGAGGCCUAGCUGCCACGGACAAUGCCGUGAAUGCAAUCUUCGCAAUUGACAUCAUGCUGACCUUCUUUGUAGCCUACCUGGACAGACUAACAUAUUUGCUUGAAGAUGAUCCAAAGAAAAUUGCUUGGCGUUAUACUACCAGCUGGUUUGUUCUUGAUGUUGCAUCCACCAUCCCAUCAGAAUUUGCUCGCAAGAUACUUCCUUCAAAGCUCAGGUCUUAUGGAUUCUUCAACAUGCUUCGUCUAUGGCGUCUCCGGAGAGUCAGCUCCCUAUUUUAAAGAUUGGAGAAGGAUAGACACUUCAAUUACUUCUGGGUCCGAUGUGCAAAGCUCAUUUGUGUCACACUUUUUGCCGUGCACUGUGCAGCAUGCUUCUACUAUCUUCUUGCUGAUAGGUAUCCAAUCCCAAAGGAAACGUGGAUUGGCAAUAGUAUGGAAGAUUUUCAUCAACAGGGCUUGUGGAUUCGCUAUGUAACAUCAGUAUAUUGGUCAAUCACCACACUUACCACUGUGGGUUACGGGGAUUAUCAUGCAGAAAACAUAAGGGAAAUGAUUUUCAACAUUUUCUACAUGUUCUUCAACCUUGGAUUGACUGCUUAUUUGAUUGGCAACAUGACCAAUUUGGUUGUCCAUGGCACUAGCCGUACUCGAAAAUAUCGGGAUACAAUUCAAGCAGCAACCAGCUUUGCACUUAGGAAUCAGCUACCACCACGGUUACAAGAUCAGAUGAUAUCACACCUUAGCUUAAAGUUCAGGACAGACUCGGAAGGCCUUCAGCAACAAGAGACUCUCGAUGCGCUGCCUAAGGCUAUUAGAUCCAGCAUUUCGCACUAUCUCUUUCUCCAUCUAGUUCAAAACAUUUACUUAUUUCAAGGAGUAUCUAAUGAUCUAAUUUUUCAACUGGUUUCAGAGAUGAAAGCUGAAUACUUUCCACCUAGGGAGGAUGUGAUUUUGCAGAAUGAAGCACCCACUGACUUCUACAUUUUAGUUUCUGGUAGUGUGGAGUUACUUGAGCUACAAAAUGGUGCGGAACAUGGUGCAGAACAGGUGGUGGGAGUUGCUAAGUCCGGAGAUGUUGUUGGAGAAAUUGGGGUUCUUUGCUAUAGGCCUCAAAUAUUCACAGUUCGGACGAGAUCCUUGUGUCAGCUUCUACGCAUGAACCGGACAUCCUUUCUCAGCAUUGUUCAAUCCAAUGUUGGAGAUGGAACUAUCAUAAUGAACAACCUUAUUCAGUUACUAAAAGAUAAGAAAGACGACGGCGUAAUGGUAGGUGUGCUAAAGGAGAUCGAGAACAUGCUAGCUCGAGGUCGUCUGGAGUUGCCAAUUACACUGUGCUUUGCAGUAACUAGAGGAGACGAAAAUUUGCUGCAUCAACUACUUAAACGUAAUUUGGAUCCAAACGAGUCAGAUCAAGAUGGGCGUACAGCACUGCACAUAUCUGCUUCCAUGGGAAAUGAGCAGUGUGUCAAGCUUCUGUUAGAGUUUGGAGCUGAUCCAAAUGCCAGGGAUUCAGAAGGAAAGGUUCCGCUAUGGGAGGCUUUGUAUGCAAAGCAUGAUACAGUUGUGCAACAGUUAGUCAAUGGCGGUGCAGAUCUGUCAUUGGGGGAUACAGGCUUAUAUUGUUGCAUUGCAAUUGAGCAAAACAAUAUAGAACUGCUCGAGGAAAUACUCAAUCGCAUCCAUGAUGCAAACAGGCCAUCCAAAGAUGGAAACAUUCCGCUGCACCGUGCUGUCUGUGACGGAAAUGUUGAGAUGGUUAAGUUGUUGCUGAAACACAGGGCCGACAUUGACAAGCAGGAGAGCAGCGGCUGGACCCCAAGAGCUCUAGCUGAGCAACAAGGCCAUGAAGAAAUACAACAAUUAUUUAAACAACAGCCAGCUCCAAGGAAGUUCAACUCAAAUGGCAGGGUUGCACCUAUGCUUCUAGGCAGGUUCAGCAGUGAUCCGUCGAUGCAGAACGUGAUCCGCGACGACACUGAGCCACCCAGCAAAGUUCUUACACAGAAACUAGGCAGGAGGAAAGUCAGCUUUCAUAACUCCCUACUCGGGGUCAUCUCUUCACCUCAUCCACACCGAGACACUGACCAUCUACUGUCAAGAGGUCUUGCAGCAACAGGUGGCCCGAGUUAUCGUCAGGACCAUCAUAAGCCACUCAUCAGGGUGAUAAUCAGCUGUCCGGAGAUGGGCAACACUGCUGGGAAGCUUGUUGUCUUACCGCGGACGAUGCAGGACCUUCUUCAACUAGGCAGAAAGAAGUUCGACGUGAUGCCUACUAAGGUCCUGACAUUCGAGGGUGCUGAGGUGGACGAGAUUGAGCUCAUUCGAGAUGGUGAUCGUCUUAUUCUUGCCAGCGACAACUGGGUGCCAGAUGUCACGCAAACAAGAUAAAAAAAUAGUGAUAGAAUUGUGGUUUACUAUAAUUUGGGUAAAGGGGGAAAUGUUGAACUACCCUUGUAACAAAAGCCAAUGAUGAAAGAGUAGCUGGAAAUCACCAAUAGCUGCUCCACCAUGAAAAAUAUGGUGAACUUGGGUUAUGUCCACACGGAGUGAAGUGUAUAAUCAUUUCCAAGUGGUAGGGCGGCAUACCUUGAGUAGAAUUUUUUGUCUGCCGGGAAUGCAGAAAUUGUAUAGGUUCCUCUUUCGUUGGAAAAGAUGUCCAAAGGUUAUCUAGCUAUUAUUAUUAUGCAUCUCAGCAUCCUUUACUUC